AGUGGUGAGUGUGAGAAUGUCCGAGUCCGACUACUCGUCGCUAGUCCUGGUCCUGGAAUAUCGGGUGAGUAUGGGACAGAUUCGUCAUUCCAGAAAAGGAGAAAAGAAGAAAAAGGACUAAAGGAGUCAAAACGAUAAGAAAACAAACCAAAAUAUAUACCAGGCGAUCUAGACUACCGGUUAGUAGAAUAACUGAAGAAAAAAAAGAAGGGAAGAACCCCCACCCCAUUUGAUGUGGGAGGGAUAAGGGAAGAGAAGAGAAGUCAAUCGCUUGUGCUUGUUUUAAAUCUGCUUUUGGUGACCCUUCAGUUCAUCGUCUUGACUUUUCAGCAGCGAUUUCCCCAGAAAAAAAUUAACCCACAACGCAUGUCGGAGUCCACGGGAUGCUGCCGGUGGUGCACAAGCUUCAUCUUCACCCUUGGUCUCACCGCUCUCUUCCUGUGGCUCAGCUUACGCGCCAGCAAGCCCUCCUGCUCCGUUCAAAGCUUCUACGUUCCGGCCCUCAAUUUAACCGCUAACGACCCCCGGAACGCCACCGUAGCCAUCCAUCUUAGACUCAGCAACGGCAACAAGGACAAGGGUAUCUACUACGACGACGUCCGAAUCGCCCUUUAUUACAACGCCGUCAACGGAACGGUAGCCGUUGGGAACACCUCAAUACCUGCGUUCUAUCAAGGGCAUAACAAGAAGGCUACCAAACAGGGAACUGUAAAGACCGAGGGAGUUCCCUGGAAUAACGCUCAGAAGAAUGUUUCAGCCAACGGGGAGGUGGAAUUCCGGGUGGAUUUGGCGACGGCGGUGAGGUUUAAGAUAGUGUGGUGGAAAACUAAGCGGCACAGGAUGAACAUCAGCGGGCGGGUCCAAGUCAACCGGGAUGGGAAGAAAACAUACAACAAAAACAUAAAACUCUCCGGCGCAUCGGAGCUGGUUUGCUUUGGUACACCGAUGUGGAUGUUGGCUCUCUCUUUUUUCUUUUUAAUUUUGUGUUAGCAACUAGUAGUAACAGUUGCUGGGUUUUCUUUCGAUUUUUUUUCUUUUUUAAUUAAUUUUUGGAAAAUUAGAAGUCAAAACCUUUUUUGGUUCUUAUUUUUAUUGUUUGUAAUUUUAAUUGGAAGGAGAAUUAUCAAUAUUUGUUAUUCCACAAUCCACAGAGAAGAUGUUAGAUGGAAGUCUGGACGGAGGAAAGAAAUGAUCCCGUUCUUUUGUGGAUAAUUCCAGAUUCCAGAUCUAUGGUGUGACAAUAGAUUCUAAAUGCCCUUCAUCUACCACAGAACCCGUGAACCGAUGUUAAUUGAUUUUUGUUUGGUUGUUGCAAUUGUCAUUUAUAAAAAUCCAUUGUUAGAGUGUAAAGUAGAAGAGACAACAAGGAUGUGAAACAGCUGAUUUCAAUAUGGAUUGGGCUUAAAGCAAAGAAAUUUGAUCGAUUCGGAUGCAGGUUGUUUUGAGUAGUGGUGUAGCUUCUAGCAAUUAUUUUUGGUCCUACGGACGCCUCUUCUCCUCUCCAGGCAGAAGCGGUAGCUCUGAAAUAGAGGAUUCUAUUUCCGCUGGUUUCCAGAAUGCAGUGGCAGAGAGUGGUGUUUUUUUUUUUUUUGUUGACAAGUGGCAGAGAGUAGUGUUUAAGUCGCAAUGCCAGCAUCCCAUUCAGGCUGUGAUCAAGAAAGAAAAUUUGGACUCUGCUGAAUCUGUGUUUGCUUAAUGACAUUGUUUUACUUUCUUCC